AUAUUUAAUAUUAGCAGAAAUUUUUAAGAAUAUUCGUUCGGCGGUCAACGUGUUAAUCAAUCGUCGGUCGUACUCAUUCCCAUCGCUAAACGAGAGAAGGAGCUACUUGCGAUGGUCUCGCGGUGACACCUAAAAUAAGUCGCGUUUGUAAGAGGAGAAAAAGACCGCGUGGACGUUGUGUCGCGUACUAGAGCAGCCGCGCGUGGUAUGGUACAGCUCAGUCGGUGUGUCUCCAUGCUGAUCGUUCGAUGUUGUGCUGCGUUUCAAGAAGAGCCGUCGCAGGGACGGACCAACUACACCUGCACAAUCACUGCCCGUCGGAAAUGCAACCUGUCGAAUUGGAAAAAAUAGCACGAGUCGAGCAAUAUCCCGAGCCAGAUGUGCCGCCCAUCCUCCUGCCGUGCGCGUUCUGCGCGCGGACAUUUAUGCCGCAGUCCCUGGAGAAGCACAUCAGGGUGUGCGAGAAGUCAACGACCAAGAAGAGGAAGCCGUUCGACUCGUCUAAGCAGAGGAUCCAGGGGACGGAGUUGGCGGACUUCCUGCCCAAGCAGACGAAAAGGCGGCACGCGCAGGACGACAAAGCCUGCAACAGCUCUUGGAAGCAGACCCACGAUGAGUUUCUGCGCGCCAUUCGUGCUGCUCGCUGCGAGGUCGAGGAUACCACGGCUCGGAAACAAAGCAGUCCAAAGGCUCCAGCGAGCGCUCCGACGCGCGCGAACGAGCAAGGAUUGUGUCCUACCUGCAAUCGACAUUUCGGCAUCAAGGCGUACGACAGACACGUGGCCUGGUGCAAGGAACGCGUUGCACGGGUGACCCUCAGUCCCGCGGCGAACAUCGCCAAGGAACGUCUGGAAGCACGGAUGAGGUAUCGAGUACCUUUGUUGAAGAACCGUCGACAGAUGAACCGCGAGAAAUAUUCACCCGGUUCGGCGGUCACCCUCAACUCAGCCAACAAGACGUCGCCGACCCAAACUACCGCCAAGGCCAAGGAGACGGUUUCGGCGCCCAACUGCAACAAAACCAACAGUAGCCCGAUUAAACAGAAACCAGUCAUCGUUAGACGGUCCGGAAAAGCGAAAGAUACCUCUAGUCCAAUCGGUUCGAUGCCACGACCAAUCGAUCGUACGAACAGGCCACCAGAAGACGAGUGCGGAUUGGUAACCUUUCGACCUGCGCCCCCUCUAAAAAGAACCUUCCACCUUCCCGUUCCAUCCCUAAAACAUAAGAAAGAAACCGUAGACGAGCGCAAUAACACCCCAGGGAAACAGAAAUAUAAAAGACAGCGGUUGAAGGCGCUCAAUAGCCUCGUAUCUCUAACCAAGCAGGAGGCAACAAGGUAUCGGGAACACUCUGGCAGCUCGCACAAGACGAACAUCGUCUCCGCCAGAAGUCAGGGUACACCGAAAUUGAACGACGUCUCCAUCAACGCAAUCGGCGUAUCUGUGACGCCCUGCAGCAUGCACAAGGCCGACGAGCUCACCACCUGGAAGAGGAUCAGUCAGGAGAAGGAUCAAAGUCGAGGAAACUUGAAAGAGUGUCCAAGAAUCGAGUCCAAGUUGAGUAGGAUCGACUCUCCAAAGUUGACGAAGCAAAGGUUGAUUCAGAAAGAUUUGAAACAGUAUUCCAUCAACGAAGAGCAACCGGAAGGCGUUAAAGACGUCGUAUCUUACGAAGAUGGUCCCAAGGAUGAAGACAGAGCGACCUCGAGAAGCACGAGUCCAAUCAAUUGGCCCCGUGUCACUCCAAAAUUGAACCGAACCUAUUCGUUCAAGUACGACGAACUGGAUGACGUACAAAUAGGGAGUCACAGGAGAGGUCACCCAGUCAAGCACAGUCCUCGAGUGGAGUUUUGCCUGGGAGACCUGGAACGAUUAAGUCGAUUGCAUUCUUUGGUUAAUGUCAGUUGUUUCAGGGACGUGGAUUCUAGGAAGACUCAGAAAUCGAACAAGAACAACGAGGAAGGAUCGAGCCAUUAUGUGAUCAAGGAUGAAAAUUCGUUGAAUGAUUUGUUAUCGGACCAGAGAAUCAGCCCAGAUAUGGAAACCGAAGAGAUUUUAAGGGAGCAAUCGGCAUCUGAACAUUUCGAGUCGGCCAGAAGCGAAAUUCUAAAGAAGAAGAGAUUAACGUCUUCAGGUCACGUUCAACUCUCGCAACAGAAUUAUUACGAUUACGAAGUCGCAGAAACUCCCCAAAUUAUUGAUCCGCCAGAGAAUCCUUUAGCAGCAUAUAACACUUCUGAACUAAAUAACUCGUGUAACAUAAACUAUGAAAAGUCGUUGGACUGUAAGGAUGUCGAUUUCUCUACACGUCCAAGCAAAAAUGGCAAUGCAGAGGAAGAAAGUAUUCUCCUCUGUGAACAAAAUUUACAAACUUGUUUGGAACAGAGUCUUUAUGCUGAAGAAUUCGAGGAUUCGGCAGUCACGAAAGACGAUAUUAUGAUCAUCGAUAAAGCGAUACAUGGAACCGAACGAGAAGCGAUUGUAAUUGUAGACGUUGAAAAUAUCGAAGAAAAGAAUGAGUGGAACUCUGACACGAAAGGUAUAACUAAGUCUCUCAGAGAGGAGCUUGAAUUUUCCUUUGCGAAGAGCGAGCACGAUGACAUCAAGAUGUUCUGUGACAUGGAGGCAAACGUGAUUCAGAUGGAAACCGAACCGUUGCUCAUGAACGACAUAUUGCAUCCGAAUAGGUCUAGUACACCGUUCGACGAUGCGAUAGAUGGUUUGAAUUCCAAGUGUGAAGCAAAAGAGGACUCACAGUCUCCUGGAGACGAGUGGAAAAUGACUGUGGACACAGGAACAGGAUCGGAAUUGUUGUUUCGCGUCGAAUCCAACGAUUCCGAUUAUUCCGUCACUUGCGAUAUGGUACAGAAAUUAGAUAAAGUUCACUUCGAAGAGGAAAGCUUAGAGUCUCGCAAGUGUUCAAGUAACACAUAUCGCAAACCUCUUCAGCAACCUAUUGAAAAUAGCUGUAGUGUUUCUAGGGGUGUUUCUCCAAUAAAGCAGAAAGAAGAACAAGUUAAUGUCCAGACUCUGCUCAGAAAAGACGCUGCAAGUCAAACGGACAAGUGUAAGUGCUGCAUUAAGUAUUUCAAAGGUGAAGAGACUCGUUCAAGUCUCAACGAUUUAUCAGCAUUUAAACCACUUGGCAACGAUUCUUUGGAGAAUAGUGCCGAAGAAUGUCAUACGAUUACGGAAGAGGCUUUGCAAGCGCAAGUUAGAUGUGGAUAUGGUAACACUGAUUCUAAUUCCACAGAAUCCGAGUUACAGAAGGAACGAUAUGAUUUAAAUUUGGAUAAUACUGACCAGAAUUGUUAUAAACUAGAAAAAUAUGAAGCGAUUAUGGAAGAAACUUUACAAACGCGAGCUACCUGCAAAUCAUUUGAAUCCAACUCUGAGCAAGACAAGUUACAAGAGGGACAGUGUCGUUCGAAUUUUGAGGACAUGAAUGAGAAUUCUAAUAAACUAGAGAAACGUGAGAUGAAGAAACGUGAGAUGAUUAUGGGAGAAUCGUCACAAAUGCAAGUUAGCCACGGGGAAACUGAUCAAAGUUGCAAGCUAGACCAUGAUACAACCGACGGUCUAGGUAACAGAUCCUUUACGAACACCUUCAUAAACUCGAUCCUCGAAAUGAGCGACGUUGUAACGAACGAAGUGCAAGAGAUUUACAAGAAUCAUGUGUCCAACGUUUUCGAUUAUGAUAGCGACGAUACCGUCGACGGACAGGUCUCGCGAGACGCAGUGAAAUUUCAGCCUCUCUCAGGCAAAAACGAUAGCGUCCAAGUUCGAGAUUUCAAGUCGAUCGUGUUAUCAGAGCCUCGAGUCAAGCUCAAGAAUACAUCGACGAGUCGAUCGAGUUUAAAGUCGCGUCGAUCAAAAGCAUUGGACGUUGAUAAUGAAAUCCUUGAAAAUCGAAAUAGGAAUAAGUUGAAGGAGAGGAGUGAUAGUUUGUCGGCCAUCGACGCGACUGAGGUUACCGGCGUUAAGCAAGUCGAAGCAGUCGAGGUAGAGACCAUCGAAGAGUUUGGCACGAGGAAUAGAAGCAUCAGAUUCAGGAUAUUACCUGAGAUCAAGGGAUCGAGAGUAGUGGUUAAGGAAAAUUAUGGCGACGCAGAGACCGUUAAUACUCAGACGUAUUGGGAGAAGGCGUCCAAGGCCACGAAGAAUCGAUUGAUUAAUCUCGAUCCACCGUAUCAGGGGGCGAGCAGGUUUCUUAAGAGACAUCCGAAUAUUCGUGUACUUCCACCUGUUCCCAGUACCUCGUCCUUGAUACAGCCAAGGAAUUUGAUACUGCCAUUACGUCCCGUAUGGAGCAAUUACGUGCGCAGAAGACCAGAUUUUAACCUUGUACUUAGCGGUAGAACCGGUAAGGAUUACGAUCCCUUCCUGCUGGCAGAGCAGCAGAUGAACGAGCUGCUCUCUGACGUUAGCGAGCAAUCCGCGACGGACAGUCCGCCAAUUGAGCAAAACCGCGAAACCUUCUUUCCCCUGUCUCACUCCUCCGCUUUCGUCAAGUAUCCCUACCAACAACAGUCUCUGUCUAACCCAGAAAAACGAUCGUCCGUGAUAGCACCGCCCACGGAAUUCGACGACCUCGUCUCUGAUUUCUCGAGCGACUCGACCGAGACCAACUCGCUGUCGCGCGAGGUUUUCCUCAAUGACAGCAAGCAAGAGUCGAAGGCGCCUGGCACGAAACCGGACGGGGAAAAGAGAUCGCCGGCCAGAGAGCUGGGCAGACGAGUGAUUAUCGAUAAAUCGAAAGCUUUAGGAGGAGACGUGGUAGACGACGCAUCACCUGGUGCCAGAAGUUUCGUUUCUAACACGGACAGAUCUCGUAAAAUCCUCGACAACGCCACGGUUGUUCAUACUCAACCUGCCGUCGGUCGUUCUUUCUCCGUCCGUGCUGCCUCUGCUCCUAAAAGCACUCCGGACAGGAAAACCUCCGACAGCUCUCAGGAUUCCAAGGAAUUGUCUCGUAAUAGUAACGACAGUCGGAGGUCCUCGAACGCCAGCUUGAAUAAUAGAAAUAACAAUUACGUGAACCUAUCGAGGAGCAACCUUAGUCUUAGCUCCAUAGUGUCCUCCGACGUGGACAUCAAGCGUUCGAACUCUGUGUUCGACGAGCUGAUGACCUCGUUCGAGGACGAGAACGGCUCUUUUCCUUCCCUGAAGUCCCUCCUAAAGGAUGAUUCCUUGUCCGUCUCUAGCUCCGUACACGGCAGACGUCGCAGCGAUCAGACCAGCGACGAGGACCUCUCUUCACCCGAGAGUUACAAGAGGCAGGACCACAGCAAACUCAGUGGGGACUCGGCAUAUAGCAGUUUAAAUCGAAAAUAUUCGCACCACGGACGCAGCACCAACGACGUGGCUGGACGCCUGGACGAAGACUUGCCAAGGCACAAUCGUCGCGACGGCGACGGAGUCACGUCGACGCCUAAAUGCAAAAUGUCCAAGUUUUGCCACGAAUGCGGUUCCAAGUUCCCUGAAACAGCGAAAUUCUGUUGCGAGUGCGGCAUUAGGAGACUCGUCCUUUGAGGAUCCUCGACAACACUAAGCAACGACUUCAAGUAUCGAUCAGACAUCUAUGGAUGAUUUGAAUUGUCCUUCGGUACUGUGGCAAGAUAAAAAGCACAAUAGUCCAUGACACAGUUUUUUUUUAGCUCGCGGUUAGAAAAAUACAUUAAAUAAGAUGAAAGCACCAAUAGCGAACACCUUCGACUUUUUCUUCUCUCAGAUAUUACAUUUCCCAACAAGGAUUAUUCGAUUACUGUACCAAAGCAUUGGAGCAGACAAUGUCGUCUUUGUCUACCUAGAUAGUUAAUAUCAUCAUUUUUCAAGGUUUCACUUUUCUCUAAAACUGGGAGAUUGUUUUAGCAGCUGACCUAUCGAAAGAACAAAAACAGUAGUUUACAGUUGGGAAAACGUUAAGAAUGAAAAGUUAAAAGAACAAUAAGAGUAAUUAGAUGGAUGCAUAAACGCAUCAGAAAAAUAAUGGCGAGAUUUACUUCCAUCGUGGGCUUUUUUUCAAGAUUAAAUAAUAAAGAGAAUAAUUAGAUAGACGCACAAACUUUUUUCAUAUAAUAUCGAAAACGGACAAUCAACGAACCUGUUUCCAGAUUGUAUUUUAUUACAAGUAACGCUGCUAACGUUUCACGUUCUGUUUUUCGAAAAUUGUCCGCUACUGGCUCGACCUCUACAACUGGUGCGUUUACCUUAUACACAAAAUAAUAUUAAAAAUAACGCUAGUUUACGAAAUAAAAAUAAAAUAUGUACAUUCGAUGCCACAAUUUUUGUCUGCUAAGCUCGAAAAUCGCAAUGAAAAGUUUUUCUAUGAAUACGUUUUUUUGUUAUAUGAAUUUUUGAAUUUUCAUUCGAAUUUUUAAACAAUUAUCGUUAAAAAAACAAUUGUAAAUCCGAUUACCUUCGAUAUGGCAUCUUGCGCGACCCAAUCGAGUGUUUGUACCUCGUGAUAUGUACCACUAAAAUGUGAAGGAAUCUCAGAAAAAAAUCGAAAAAGAAAAUUCGAAAGUUCAUAUAAAAAAAAAACCUAACCAUAGAAAAAUUCGUUCAUUGCGAUUUUCGAGUUCGGUAGGCCGAAAUAUACAAGAAAAAAAAAUUGUGGCAUCGAAUUUACAUUCUGGCUGGAAACUAGUGUAAUCGAUCUUGAAUGAGACACAAGUAUUUAUCGUGUACGUAGGUCUCUUUGUGAGCGUGGAUGGAAAAGUGUCGGCACGAAGGAAUUGAAAAAAAAAUUAUUUUAAAUAUAUUUAAACGAAUAUUAAAAAAAAACAAGAUUCUAUUCUUGCAUCCCGAAGCGAGGCACGCUAAAAGUUAAAACACCAAUGUACUCUAGUCAUUACUCCGGCCAUUCAGAGUUGUAACAAAGAUAAGCAGAGGAAUGAAAUUCUCAGUAUUACGGAACACGAGAGAAACGAAUGUCAAUUGCAGAUGAUAGAAUCGAGAAUAUAAUCGACAGUUGAUUAUAUAUUUAUUCUAUGAUACGUAUAAUGUCGGUUUAUAUAAUUCCAUCAAACUAUAAUCAAUGCAAGGAUUUCACUUUAAAACUUCCUUUCUAUGAAUCUAACUCGACAAGAAGCGUAUGUUAUUUUUAACGGCGCUACGCUUUGAAAUAACUCUUAAAAAUUUACAAUUUCAUUAAACUAUAAUCAAUGCAAGGAUUUCACUUUAAAACUUCCUUUCCAUGAAUCUAACUCAACAAGAAGCGUAUGUUAUUUUUAACGGCGCUACGCUUUGAAAUAACUCUUAAAAAUUAAAGUUUGACCGUAGUUCGUUGAUUUUGUCUUUUCGAAUCUUUCUAAAAUCGUCAGUGAACGAGUGAACUGCGAAAAUUGUAUCGUUGCUCGACUGGCGUAAUAUGUAACGUUUAAGCUGUCGUUCCCUCUAGAAACUACCAUACACUCGUAAAAACCUUUUUCAACAACCUGUAUACAGCGCACAUUUGCCUGAAAAUAAUGGACGGAUAUAUUUUAAUUAAAUUCCAUUUGAUUUACAAUAAGUGUAGUCACCGUUACCGAUGCGAAAUAUCACGUUUGCGUUUCUUAAAUUUUAUACAUACAUAUAUCUACUGCUGGGAGUUGGAGAGACCUGACCCAUGUAUAAACUACAUCUUUUUAUACCUUCCUUAUUGUACUAAAGAAUUAAAAAGAAUAAAUAGAUAUCGGACUCAACGAUCACAAUUUUGGUCAGGUAGAUUAAUUUAGUAUCGAUGAGAAUUUCUAAGCGUGUAAUCGCUAUCACGACAAACUCGAUUAUUCGAGUAAAAUACCGAUUAUUCUCUGUAUUCUUUACGCCUUCUUCUGAAAGAGUCCGAACUGGAAAGAGUUCGAUUUUCUGACCAAUUUUCUCUUCGCCUCCCAACAAUACACGAGAGAAUCGCGCUUCACAAGCGGAAAUAAAUGGUCAGCGAUGUUCUCUGUCAUUUUGUUCAUUGUCGAUCUCUUCGUUUGCGUAUUUUUACGUGUUCCAGUGAACGAUCAACACGUUGGUAGUCGUCUUCUUUUAUAUGAAAUCCCUAGUGUAACCGUUUUACAAGUUAUUUAUAUAAGUGAGCACAAGGAAGAAAGAAGGGAGAAGAAAUCGGACACGCGAUAUAUUCCAAUCACUGUUUACGUGUGUAGAACCAAAUAAUUAUACCGUAAGUUUAGAGAUACCUGUUAGAAAUAGGCAAUUCCGUGGUACAAUUUACCGUGCCAUGUUAACAAAUGGUCCUUAAUUAAACGCUUUACUGAAAAAUAAAAGUAGAAGUAGCGAAUGACUCGCCCGACACUCAUCUUUUUAAACGAAUCUAACAGAUAAUACAUGUAUUAAACGAGAGUGAAAUUGCUACGAAUCUGCCGUAUAGUUUUAUAUAUAGGUAUAUUAACUUAAUAUUAUUAAGCCUUUAAAGUAACUCUUGCUCUACAUUCCUUUACAUUUAUAUUUAUCUACAUACCUCCUUCAUAAUUCUGCAAUUGGAUAUGUUAGUGAUCUAUCAGAGCUCAGUUCUUGUUUAAAUUGUAGACCGUCUCGAAAUAGGCUGGUAGAUAAAGUGUUGAAAAAUGUUCGUUAAGGCAAAUACGAUCUAAGGAAGGCAGAUUAAUUCUCUGGUGUCUAAAGAAUACCAAAGAGAGAACCCAUAGAAACUAAGCCAUCGAGUAAAGUCCAAUUAAUUGUAUACUAUCGUAAUAUACAUAUGUAACAAUAAAUCGUCUAUGUUUCGAACUGUAUUUUUGCAAGUGCAAUAAAAUUAUGCUUGUACGAAAUGCAAGCAAAUACUUGGUGGUUACCGAUUGCUUAACACAUCUUCACACGUAGCAUAUGUCAUUGUACGUACAGUCGUACACAAGAACGCACAAAGUGUAGCGUUUUGCACGACUCGAUUGCAACAAAGUGGACCGAAGUAAUGUUUACGAAGCAGGCAGGGCUAGAAUUACUUUUCGAUACCAUACCAUUAAUACUAAAUCCCUUGGUCUUUUCAAUUCGUGUUAGAAACGUCUAUCUUGUACGAUGUUGUAGCUCCUGAUCAGCGUAUUUCAGUAAAUAAAAAAGAAGAAAGUAGAAGAAAAAAGAAGAAAUUUUACAUUUAAUUUUCAAUGUACUAUAUAUACGUCACCUAAUAUAUGAUACAAUUAUUUGUUAAUGUUGAGAGCGUAUUUAAAAACAGUCUGCAAUUCGAAAAAGAAUAUUCUACGUUAGUAUAUUUCAAUCUAGACUGACAUUAAUUCCUGCAUACUGUUACUAAAUCCAACUGCUACUACAUCCAAAACCAAGUCUUUAUAAAUAAAUAUUUUAAGUAGCCAAUCACGUUACUCUAACGUAUGUACAUAAAGAUGUGCAUAGAGAGAGAAAGUAGUUGCAUAUUUCGAGACAAUACUGUAU